AUGUCCUCUGUUGAUGAACUUAUUGGACAGGCCGAAAGGGAUAUUGAAAACGGAGAGCAUGGCAAUGCCAUCUCCAACUUGACCAGAGCAGCACAGUCUGACCCUGAUGAGAGGCAGAUGUCCAUGAUCGAGAGGCUGUUGGGUAUGCUUGUAGAUUAUGUGAGAUCUAGGGAUGGUAACGGUGGCGAUGGGUCUCGCGAUGGCUCCCGCGAUAUUGGAUCGGGCUCCGGGGAGCGUGGUAUGGGGGACUCUAUGAUGAGCGCUUUGAUGUCCAGCUCGGGUGGUUCCUCGCAAGCGCAGCUUGGUAAGCUUGCUCUUUUGGGUACUAUGAUGGGAUCCGGUAGUGGCAAACAGCAGAGUCAAGGCCAGGGCUUCAACUGGGGCUCAGCAUUGUCUUUGUUCUCUGGACAAAGUGGGAAACAGAGUGCGGCAAAUGCUGGUACUGGUGCAUUGUUAGCAUCCUUGGCAUCCAGUUACUUUAAAGGAUCGGGAUCUAAACCUCAACAGCAGCAGCAGCAGCAAGGUGGUUCUUACGGGCAACAAUAUGGUGGUAACUACCAACAGCAUCAGCCACAACAACAGGAAUCGAGCACAUUCUCCUCGAUUGCAUCAAUGGCAAGCAACUACUUCAAUAAACCGCAACAAGGCCAAGGUAAUGGAUAUGGUAAUCAAAAUCAAAAUGCCGGCAGUAACCAGGGACAUCAAAACUACGGUCAGAAUCAAGGAUAUAACAAUCAAGGACAAGGUAGCCACGGUUAUGGUCAGAACGAAUACUCAAACGAUGGUUAUGGACAAUCUAGGCCACCUCAACAACAAAAUCAAGAGUCAGGUACAUUCUCAUCUAUUAUGAACAUGGCUAGCUCUUACAUGCACAAAAACGAUGGUCAAGGGCAAGGAAGACCACCAAGCAAUCAGUAUAGUAACAAUGGUGGUGGUUAUGGCCAUGGUGAUGGCGCUUACAGCAAUCAAUCUCAAAAUUAUGGCUCUAAUCAAAAUUAUGGCUCUAAUCAAAACUAUGGUUCUAAUCAAAAUUAUUCUCAGCCUAACCACAAUCAAGGUUAUGGCAAUCAAGAGUAUGGUUACAAUCAAGGAAAUGACAACUAUGGGCGCCCACAGCAACAAAGACCAAAUAAUGAUAAUGGCGAGGGCUUUAACUUUCAAGGACAUUUCUCAAACAGAUACUAG